AGUUAUCCUUGAUAAACAUCUCAACAUAUAUGAAAACAAUUUGACUUUAUUAUAUCUAUUGUUACAAGAGCUUAAUUAAGUUGUUUAUCCAAAUAGGACAUUAGUCUUGUGAAAUUACUUACUUGUUUUUUUUUUUUUUAGUUAGGAGUAUUGUGUGACAUGGAUUUUGUGGCCUAAAAUGAGUGGUUUUUUAGUUUCUGGACAUGUUGAUUCAAAUAAGGCUUAAUGUGGUUGGAAUCAUGCAGUAAGUUUUGCGUUCAUGUUUCUUACUGCAUGGGUUGAUUCGAAUCAUAGGAAAACCUCACAAAGGUCGAAUCAAAUCAACCCUGAUUUUUGUCUAUAAGUAUAUCAGAUUUUUAUUUCAAUUGUGACAUCACCAAAAUAGGGAAAUUUUAGGGAAACUUAUGGGUUAAGGGUUGAGAGCUUUUGGGUGAGAAAUUAAGGUUGAGAAACAAAUUCUAAACACCUUGGAUAGUGAGAUUUCACUAGAGAAAGGAUCUAAGUUUUUUCUCUUGUUUUCUUGAGUUCUUGUGGGUUGAAAGAAGGAAGGCAAAGGGGUUGAAAUUAGGGUUUGUUGAUCUUGAACUCUUGAAGUAGACUCAUUGAUAGUAGAUCAAAGAGCUGCUCUCUCCUCCAGACAUAGGUCAAUUUAGGCCGAAUUGAGUAAACAAUCUUGGUGUGUUUGUUUCUCUACUUUCUUUAUCUUUGUUCUUAAUUUGAUUGUAGAUUUUCUAUACACUUAGGUUGCUAGAUUUGUUCUUGGUUGGAUUGUUGUUGCUUGGACUAUUUGGUUGUGAUUACCAUUGUUAUUUGUUCCAAAUUUCUUGUUUGAUUCACAGAAAGAGUGUUUGAAUUCACAACACAUUUAAGUUGAAAUAGUAUCAAACCUUAUGUUAUGGAUGGAUUGAAAUGAAAUGGAAUCACAUUAACUUUCCUUGUCUGGAUUGUUAAUGACCACAUUGUAUUAGCUUUAGAUGAGGGGAUUAUUCCCAAUUAAAAUACAUUUGUGGUUAUUCAUCUUUUGAAAAGUCUACAUAUUUACGGGGAAGUUAAAUGAGAAGGCUUUUCACAAAAGGAAAAAAAUUAAUGAUGAAAAAAUCGAUUUCAUGAUACGGAUUGAACCUAACUCCACCUCAAAACCAUGGUUCAAAGGGGAGGAUUGUCCAAUCCUAUAUAAACCCUCACACCGGAUUCAUUAACUGACUUCAAAUUGAGAUUGGAUAGCAUAGCAUGGAACUUUAUGUAGUUUCAUUCUAUCAUCUCUUUUUUACUCUAAUUUCCUAUUUCAUUUUAAUACAUUCCAUUCUUUAUGAUUGAGAAAGUUAUAUUUUUUUUUACUAGGCAAGUUUGGUGGAAACAUCUUCUUUGUUACCGUCUCAAAAACUCCCAACUGGAAGAUCAUUGCACAGACGCUAUUUGAAUACUGUGGACGUCGGGUGCCUGAGUUUAAUAACGAUGAAGAUGCAAUUAACCGAGUGAAACAUCUGCUGAGCAAAGUUGGUAGAAAUCCAAUAUUAUUAGUCUUGGAUGAUGUUUGGCCUGGCUCAGAAUGCCUUGUUGAGAAGUUUAAAUUUCAAAUGGCAGAUUAUAAGAUUUUGGUGACUUCAAGGGUUGCAUUUAGAAGAUUUGGCACCCCAUUCCCAUUGGAUCCACUUGAUCUUGAUCAUGCAGUGUCCCUUUUCCAUCACUAUUCUCAAUUGAAUGAAAGCAGCUCAUACAUGCCGGAUAAAAAUCUUGUCCGUGAGAUAGUGAAAGGUUGUAAGGGUUCGCCGCUGGCGCUUCAGGUCAUUGCUGGAUCACUCUGUAAGCAGCCUAUUGAGAUAUGGAAAAAUAUGAAGGAACAUUUUCAAAAUCAAUCCAUUCUGGAGUCUAAAAGAUAUUUUCCGAGUGAUAGCACUGACACUGACUUGCUUUGUCGCCUUCAACAAAGUUUGGAUAUAUUGGAGGAUAUCAAUGAGAAGGAGUGCUUUGUGGAUCUAGGGCUAUUUGCUGAAGACCAGAGGAUCCCUGUUACUGUCCUCAUUGAUAUGUGGGCGACACUGUAUAACCUAGAUGAAGAUGGUACACAAGCAAUGGCCAUUGUCCAUAAUUUAAACACUAGGAAUUUGAUUAAUGUCAUAGCUACAAGGAAAGUUGCAACAGAAACAGACAUGUACUACAAUAACCACUAUGUCAUGAUGCAUGAUCUCCUCAGAGAACUAGCGAUCCAUCAAAGCAAAGAAGAACCAUUUGAACAGAGAAAAAGAUUGACCAUUGACUUGAAUGGUGAUCGUCCCAAUUGGUGGAUAGUACCGGAUCAGCAAGGAAUGAUUAGUCGUAUGUACUCAUUCAUCACCGGAAUGUUGGUAAAACAGAAGCAACUAAAGGUUUCUGCCCGUAUAUUGUCUAUAUCAACUGAUGAAACAUUUUCUUCGGAUUGGUGUGACAUGCAACCUGAUGAAGCUGAGGUUCUGGUUUUGAAUCUUCGAUCUGACCAGUACUCAUUACCAGAUUCCACCCAAAAAAUGAGUAAACUGGAAGUUUUAAUAGUCACAAACUAUGGUUUUCAUUGUUCUGAAUUAACCAAGUUUGAGAUGCUUGGUUUUUUAUCAAACUUGAAAAGAAUAAGGUUGGAGAAAGUUUCUGUUCCUUGCCUAUGCAUAUUGAAGAAUCUGCAAAAAUUAUCCCUUCACAUGUGUAAUACAAGGAAUGCUUUUGAAAGCUGUGAUAUCCAAAUUUCAGAUGCUAUGCCAAAUCUAGUGGAAUUGAGCAUUGACUAUUGUAAAGAUUUGAUUAAAUUGCCUGAUGGAUUGUGUAACAUAACCACAUUGAAAAAGCUCAGUAUCACCAACUGCCACAAUCUUUCUGCAAUGCCUCACGAUAUUGGAAAGCUGGAGAAUUUGGAAGUGCUAAGGCUUUGUUCCUGUUCUGAUUUAAAAGAGAUGCCAAAAUAUGUUGCAGGCCUUAACAAGCUAUGUUGUCUCGACAUCUCAAACUGUGUGAAUCUUUCAAAAUUACCUAAAGAUAUUGGUGAGUUGCAAAAGCUUGAGAAGCUCUCAAUGAAGGGUUGCUCAAACUUGAGUGGAUUGCCUAAUUGUGUCAUAAAAUUUGGAAAUUUAAAGCAUGAAAUGCAUGUGAUCUGCGACGAAGAACGUGCUGCCUUAUGGGAACAGUAUCCCAACAUUCCCAAUCUAAGGAUAGAUAUGCUUAAGGAAGAUAUUAACUUAAAUUGGCUUCAUAGAACUCGUUCCUGAGUGUUGAUUCAUGAAGAUAAAGUGACUUGAACUUGAAGUCAUGUUGAUACUUGUAAACAAUGUUGCUUACCCAUAAUAUAUGUUUUCCUGUUUAUCAUGUUGUCCAUGUAAUUGUGAUGAUUUAUGUUGGACUGUACUGUAAAUGUAAUAUACAUAGUUGAGAAGCAUGGUAGAGCUCAACAAGUAGAAAGGUGAAUUUUUGAAUUGAAUAAAUGGGAAAAAAUGAUUAUAA